AUGAAUAUCUCCCAACCUGUCUCGUCCUCGGUCGACCGGGUCGAGUUCACAUUUCUCACCAAGGAUGAGAUUCACGCGAUCUCGGUCAAAAAGAUCGAGAAUGACAGCACCUUCGAUACCCUCUUGAACCCUGUCCGUGGGGGACUGUACGAUCCAGCCCUUGGUUCUUGGGGAGACUCCAUCUGUACGACUUGUAACCUAGGCCAACAGUCUUGUCCCGGUCAUCCCGGCCACAUCGACCUUCCCGUCCCAGUGUAUCAUCCUACCUUCAUGGACCAGGUCCUCCGCCUGGUGCGAGCACAAUGUGUAUACUGUGAUGGCUUCCGUCUGCCUAGGAGGGACAUUCACCGCUACACCUGCAUCCUCCGUCUUCUUCAAUACGGCCUGCUCCAUGAGGCAAGGAUGGUCGAGGCCAUAGGAGAGAACCUCUACGGCCUCGACCUGCCAGGCGUGCCCCAGGACUAUGUCGCUGCCGGCUCCGACUCAGAGGACCAAGACGGAACAGCCGAUGGUAUUAUGAGGGCGCGCGAUGCCUACGUUCGUCGCAUCCUACAGAGCCACCCAUCCGGCUUGGCACGCCGGAAGCAUGAGGGUGCCGCUGAACUUCGCACCGCCACGGUGGCUGAAUUUUUCAAGGACAUCGUCAAGACGCGGGUGUGUGCAUCCUGUCAGGGCGUCACCCCUACCUAUCGCAAGGAUCGAUCCGUCAAGAUUUUUGAGAAGGCCCUAUCGCCAAAGGAGCAGGCCAAGAUGGCUCAGGGUGGCUUCAAGCGCAGGCAGGCAAUACCCGUCCAGUCCAAAAAGAAGGCGGACAAGAACAGUGACUACGACUUGGACGAGGGUAUCGCCGAUCUCUCAUCUUCGGAUGGCGAGGGAGGCGCUUCUGACGAGGGCAGCGGCGAUGCCCUCGACGAGGAUGGCCUUGUUGUUCCCCACACUAAGGUCACAAAACUGACGCGAGGCGACGAUUCGCCUGCCCAGCGCUACCUCUCCCCGGCAGAGGUGCGGUGGAGGCUGGCAAGACUGUUCGAUAAGGAACAAGAGGUCCUGUCACUGGUGUACUGCAAGCAACCUCGGUCAAAGGUCACCACCGCCUUAUCUUCCGAUAUGUUUUUCCUGGAGAGCAUUCUUAUCCCGCCCAACCGCUUCCGCCCGGAGGCUAGGACUGGUGACUCGCAGAUUGCCGAGGCCCAGCAGAACAACCUCUACAAGAUGAUCAUCAGGGCGUCAGCCAAGCUGGCAUCGAUCUACAGGCAAAUUCAGGACCAAUUGAGAGGCACCAAUGUCGAUCCAUCAUUGAGGGGGCCCAGGAGCAUGACACAGCUCCAUGAGGCCUGGACGGAACUCCAGGAGGCCGUCAAUUCCCUAAUAGACCGCAAUCUCAAUCCGGUUCAAGGAGCUGCCGCCAAGAGGAAUGAGGAGGGCAUCAAACAGAAGCUCGAGAAGAAAGAGGGUCUGUUCCGGAAGAACAUGAUGGGGAAGAGAGUCAAUUAUGCCGCACGCAGUGUCAUUUCUCCGGAUCCCAACAUUGAGACCAACGAGAUCGGCGUUCCUCCGGUUUUCGCUCGCAAGUUGACCUUCCCUGAGCCCGUGACGAGUCAUAAUUUCAAGGACAUGCAACAGGCUGUUAUAAAUGGCGUGGAAAAGUGGCCUGGUGCUUCAGCCAUUGAGAACGAGAACGGCCAGACGAUCAACCUGCGCAACAAGUCGAUGGAGGACCGUGUCGCCCUCGCAAAUCAGCUCCUGGCCCCGACGAAUACAACCUCCAGCGGUCUGAGAAAUAAGAAGGUCCACCGCCAUCUCGCUAAUGGCGACGUGGUUCUGAUGAACCGACAACCAACCCUGCACAAGCCGUCCAUAAUGGGCCACAGGGUGAGGGUUUUGCCAGGAGAAAAGACAAUUCGCAUGCACUACGCCAACUGCAACACCUACAAUGCUGACUUUGACGGUGAUGAGAUGAAUAUGCACUUCCCUCAAAACGAAGUGGCCCGUGCUGAGGCACUGCAGCUAGCUGAUACCGAUCAUCAGUAUAUAUCCGGAACAGCGGGAAAGCCACUUCGAGGUUUGAUUCAAGAUCAUUUGUCUGUGUCGGUAGCGCUCUGCAAUCUGGACACAUUCUUCGACAGACAGUCGUACCAACAGCUCAUCUACGGCGCCCUACGUCCUGAAAGUGGCCAUAUUCUCGGUGAGAGAAUCGAGCUGAUUGCCCCAGCAAUUCUCAAACCCGUGGCCAGAUGGACGGGGAAACAGGUCAUCACGACUAUCCUCAAGAACAUCAAGCCACCGAAUUACGGUAAUCUGUGGAUGAGUGGAAAGACACAGAUCCCAGCCGCACGCUGGGGCCAGGGCUCAGAUGAGGCUGCUGUCUUAUUCCAUGAUGGAGUUUUUAUCUCAGGCAUCCUCGAUAAAUCUCAGCUUGGGCCCAGCUCUGGUGGCUUCAUCCAUUCCGUACAUGAAGUUUAUGGGCCAGCCGUGGCUGGCAGGCUCCUCAGCAGCAUGGGCCGCGAGGAGAACAGGAAGAAGAAGCUGGCCGCCGCGUCCGACAUUGGCCUUCGCAUCGCCGCCAAGUACGUGUCGCUAGAGAAGCAGCAGCCUGGGGCGUCUGACCCCGAAUUACUUGCCCGGCUUGAGGAAGUUUUGAGGGAUGACAGCAAGCAGGAGGGGCUCGACGUACUCAUGAACCAAGGCAAUAGUCUGAUCUCCUCGGCGGUUACGGAGGCAUGCCUACCCAAUGGGCUCGAAAAACAAUUUCCGAAGAACCAGAUGCAGUCUAUGACCACUUCUGGUGCCAAAGGCAGUCAGGUUAACGCCAAUCUCAUCUCGUGCAACCUCGGCCAACAGGUUCUGGAAGGUCGCCGUGUGCCCGUAAUGGUCAGCGGUAAAUCACUGCCAAGUUUCCGUCCAUUUGACUCCAACGUCCGAGCAGGUGGCUACAUCGUCAAUCGAUUUUUGACAGGUAUCCGGCCGCAGGAGUACUAUUUCCAUCACAUGGCCGGACGUGAAGGCCUGAUUGACACGGCUGUCAAGACAUCCCGAUCUGGAUACCUCCAGAGAUGUCUCAUCAAGGGUAUGGAGGGCCUCUCAGUCGGGUAUGACAGCUCUGUCCGCGAUUCCGACGGCACGUUGGUCCAAUUUCUCUACGGUGAGGAUGGCCUUGACAUCGCAAAACAGAAAUAUCUCACGAACUUUGGUUUCGUUCUUCGCAAUUUCGAGUCUCAGAUGGAGCAGACACACUACGCCGAGGCGAAUGCCCUCGGACUGUUUGACCAUAAAGAUGACUUCUUCAAGAGGAACAAGCUUGCCGUCAAGAAGUCAAAGGCCAAUAUCGCCAACACGGAUGAACCAGUCAACUGCGUGGUCAACCCCGCGAGGCAUGCGUUUGCCACCUCAGAAAAGUUCUACGACGCCAUGUCCGACUAUAUCAAGAUGAAUAAGGACGGUCUUGUCAGGGACAAGAAGGAGAAGGGUGAUAAAUACCAAGGACCAGGAGUCACUGCGCUCCCUCGGAAACAAGCGGAGAAAAUAUUCGCAGCCAAAUAUCUAAGGUCUCUUGUCGAGCCCGGCGAGGCGGUUGGUAUCGUUGCCGGACAGUCGGUGGGCGAGCCGUCCACCCAGAUGACAUUGAACACCUUUCAUCUGGCUGGACACUCGGCAAAGAACGUGACACUUGGUAUUCCUCGAUUGCGCGAAAUUCUGAUGACGGCCAGUGCGGACAUUUCGACUCCCUCCAUGACGCUAGUGCUGAACGAAGAGCUUUCGGAGGCAGAUGGCGAGAGGUUUGCGAAGGCUAUCAGUGUCCUUCCCCUCUCGCAUGUCACGGACAACGCAACCGUCAGCGAACGAGUCGGGAAGGGCAUCGGCUAUCCUCUGGCCAAGAUCUUUCUCAUUCGCUUACGCUUCUUCCCCGCGUCCGAGUAUGAAGAGACGUACAACAUCAAGAUAUCUGAUGUGCUCGACACAGUCGAGAAGAAGUUCUUAAGCCAGCUCCAAGCCAUGAUCAAAAAGGAGAUCAAGAAAAAGAGCAACAAUGCCACUGCGGCGACGCCAGAAGUUGGAGUCAAGGCUGGAACCAUCGAAAUGGCCGAUCCAAAUCGUGAAGGGGGCGGUCGUAGUGGCGGGGAUGACGAGGAUGAUGACGACGACGACGGGGACGAUGACGCGACAAAUGCAAAGCAACGGGCCAACCGCAACGAAGCCGCGUCGUAUGGCCCCAAUGACGAUGACGAUGAUGCCAUCCAACGUCGUCUAGAGCAGGAGGCCACUCAGGGCGAUAUAGAAGAGGAUGAGGGAUUCGAAGGGAGCCCACCUCCCAGUGGCCAUGACAGCGAGGAUGAAAGCAAGACAUCACAGGAUGCUGGCGGUGCAGAGAGCCUUGGGCGUGAGCAACGCGUGAAAAGCAAGCACCCGCAGGUCACCAAGUUCCGUUGCAGCGAGCUCAGCGGGAGCUGGUGCGAGUUCGAGCUAGAGUUUGACGUCAACAUCCCGAAGAUCUUGAUGCUAAACCUGGUUGAGGAUGCCGUUCGCAAGACACUCAUCCAGCAAAUUCAGGGCAUCGGGCAGUGCACCUUUGUGGCGAAGGAGAAGAUGACAGACGCGCGGACCGGGGAGGACGUCGAGGUCUCGGUAGUCCACACGGCGGGGGCUAAUCUCCAGGCUAUGCAGCGGUUUGGCGAGUACAUCAACCCGAACAAGAUCUCGACCAACGAUAUCGCGGCUGUUCUGGCAGUAUACGGCGUGGAAGCUGCCCGAAACAGUAUCAUUCAGGAGUUGAGCAACGUCUUCGGAUCGCACGGCAUCAGCGUUGACAACCGACACCUGAACCUGAUCGGCGACCAUAUGACAAGGAGCGGAGGGUUCUCGCCGUUCAACCGGAUGGGGCUGCGUGGCAACGUGAGCCCCUUUACGAAGAUGAGUUUCGAGACCACGCUGGCUUUCCUCAAGGACGCACUGCUGGACGGUGACUGGGACGAUCUCAGCACGCCGAGCAGCCGUCUGGUCAUGGGAAGGCUGGGCAAGGUUGGGACGGGGGCAUUUGACAUUUUCACGCAGGCACCGAUGAGUCACUACGAUCCCAUGCGGGCAGACGACGAGAUGGAGCAGUAGGCUGACGAGGGAGAAUCCCUGCUUUUGCAGUCGUUCCUCUUUUCAAGUGGCGUUUGGCGAGAGGAUAUUUGGUCAGCCAUCAUAGGUCAAAUUCAUUAGUAUCUUCAUUGGGAUAGAAAAGUCUUUCUGGUGCUGAAUUUCAGCCGCACCACUUUGAUCUCCU